AUGGCACAAUUUCUGGACAAUGAAAAGUUCUUGACAAAUGUGAGCAAGCGUUCAGGACGACGAACCACCUUGCCAAAUAGGUGCAGAUCUUGGCAGAACAUUUCUGUGACUGAUUUCGAAGAGGAUAAUGGAUUGUUGGUUACUAAUAUCAACCAGACAGCAGAUAUACUGAGGCUUAAGAACACAGCCGUGUUGUUUGCUGGAUUAAAAGCUGCUGACGGAUGGUUUCAAGUCCAUGGCUUAGAAAACAUGCAUCUCACAUUAGAUGAUCUCAUCAAGAAAAGCACCCUUGUGCAGAAUGCAAGUGAUGGGACAGAACAUAUUGAAUUUACGAAGGAGGUCAUUUACGAUUUUGAAUCUCAGCUGCGAGAGAUUAUUGAUAUGUACGACAAAAGGAUUCAGUGGUUGUUGCAGGACAGCAGAAAGGUAUUUGGCAUUAUCCAAGGGAACUAUGUUGGAGUUCUGAUUGAUGCCUCAGAUGUAAGCUGUGCACCAAGAUUGCAUGACUUCCAAAGAGAUCUUCUGUUGUUAAUAGAUAAGCAGCUGUGUUAUAUGAAGAAAUUAUAUUUCCUUUCAUUUGGGACAGAAGUUUCAGCUCUUUGGGAGAGGCCACAAGUGAUCAGUGAGAAUGUUUUGCAAGAACUGAGGCUGUGGGUGCAGGAACUGAAACCCAGUGGAGGCUGCAAUUUGCUGAAAGCUUUGAAGAAGGUCCUUGUUGUAAAAGAACUGGAUUCACUGGUGAUUAUUGUAGGAAGCUGCCCGGAUCAGGCUUCAGGAAUCUUGUCUGAUUAUAUCCAACAAUGUACAGCAGGGAGAAAGCUCCUGAUCCAUACUGUUACGUAUGAUUGCAGCAGUCACGUGCCUCCUGCUGUUCUCAAGAGCUUGGCUGAAGAGGUGGGAGGCCGUUACCACUGCUAUUCAACAAAGAGUGAGAAUUGUGACAGCAACGAUAUUCAGUUGGUCCUUCUGGAACGCCAGAAAGCCACCAGUUUGCUCAACAUCGUGAAUGAAAUCGCCCAGGGCAAGAUGGAUGACUUACUUUUCAAUUUAAUAAGAGAGGGUUCCAUGGAGUGUUUGACACUUCCUGCAGAAAGCUGCAUACUAAAACCUCCGAAGCAUGAAAGUCUUCUUGCCAUACAGAUGCCCGGCCUUUUGGCAAAGACCUCAGCCGAGUGGCUCAGAACAAAUGGGCUGAAAGCCAAGAAAUUGAGCCUUUACCAAGUGUUGGCACCAAAUGCCUUUUCCCCUGUGGAGGAAUUUGUGCCUGUCCUUCAGAAAACGGUAUCAUCCACUUUGCAUGAGAAAGCCAUGAUGCAGUUUGAGUGGCACGACGGGACUGUUAAAAAUGUUCACGUCGAUCCGCCAAUACUGUAUGACUACCAGAAGCGGCUCGGCAAGAUGAUGAGGAUGUACGAGAGACGCGUCGACUGGCUCUCCAGGGCUAGUAGAAGAAUGUGGGGCACAGUUUGUGAGAAAAGGGUGGUUUUCCUUGUGGAUGUCUCCAGAGCAAAUGCCAUGUACAUCAUCCAUAUCCAACAUUCUCUGCGACUUUUACUGGAGGAGCAGAUGUCCAACAAGGAUUUCUUUAAUAUCAUCGCCUUUGGAAGUAACGUGAAGACUUGGCAGCCUGAAUUGGUUCCUGCCAGCCCAGAAAAUUUACAGAACGCCUGGAGAUGGAUUCUGACCCUGCAGUGUGAGGGCACGAGGAACGUUAUGAACGUGCUCCGAAGAGCCGUGGAGGUGGACUUGAAAGAGAAAGACAAGCACGAAUCCCAGAGUCUUUACUUAUUCACCACGGGCAUCCCUGACCAAGAGACGCACACCAUCUGUUCAUACAUGCUCGAGGUCUGCGGAGGUUGCGACUUGCAGCUGCAUGUUUGCCUGUUCAGUGUCAGCGCUGUCGACCCGGGUGACAACGUCCUGCCCCGCUACGCGAAUCUAAAUGAAACGGCGGCCACUCUCAAAGACAUUGCCCAGGCCGCCACAGGCCGGUUUCAUUGGUUUGGAGAAACAGGCAUUUAUGAAAGCGAUGAUAUCAGCCUUAUCUUCUCUGAAAUGGAAAAAGCAGUCAACUAUUCUCAAAAGUGUGCUUUGCUGGUGGAAUCCUUAAAGCAACGAUCAGGUGGUCAGUUGAGUAACCAGCUGAAUCCCGAAGAAAACAUCGCAAUGUUAGAGAAGCCGAAGAGGAGCAGACCGCAAAAGAUACAGUCACCAAAACCGACGGCCCUCACUCUUGCCAGGAUGAAUUCAAGAGACCAUCACAAGGACAGAAACGGUCCUGUGAAAACCCUCCUGUGGCGUCCACCGAGCUCCAAAGCCGAAAUUCCUCCAGUACAGUCAAUGAAGGAGAUUUUUCUGCCAAGAAAGAAACCCAACGUAAAGCUAAAGAAACAUCCAGAGGUUUCACACUUGUGUUAUAUGGAGAAAGAAAAAAGCAUAGGUGCUGUUUAUAAAAAAAAUUCAAAUCCCAAGGGGGUGAGGAGCUCAGUUCCGCUAGCCAUUUUGCCUCAUGAAGAAGAAAUAUGCUCAAGCAAAGAGUGGCUGAGCAAAUUCAGCAUAAAGAGAUUAAAGUUAGAGUUGCCCAGCCUCAUUUUCGGACCCGGGAGCACGCAUCGGAAACACGUGGUGGAAUCACUGGGCAAGAAAGUGUCGGCAAAGUAUUGUGACAUCUUCCCAAGUGUAGAAAUGCAUGGCAUUGUGAAACACCUACACCUGCAGCCCAAGGAUCUGGAUGAUUACAUCGAGCAGAUGGUACGACUGCUGCAGCGUUAUGUUCGAAGACUGCAGUGGCUUCUUUCCGGAAGUCGACGAUUGUUUGGUGUUAUUUUGGAAGCAAAGGUCUGCAUCCUGGUUGAUACAUCUGGGUCCAUGGAGAGUUCCCUGGAACAGGUCACCAAGGAGCUCACCUCCCUUAUCUGGGAACAGCUGAGGACAAAUAAUACCAAGUUCAGCCUGAUCAGCUUUGCAGAAGAUGUUGAAGUUUGGCAAGAAUGCCUCAUGGAGGCCACCAACGAAGCCUGCCAUGACGCCGCACAGUGGCUCUCCCUGUUUCAAGCUCACGGGAACACAUCCAUCCUGAAGGCUUUACGGAGAGCUUUCAGUUUCCAAGAUGUGGAGGCCCUGUAUGUUCUGACUGAUGGGAAACCAGACACAAGCUGCAGCUUGGUUCUCAAAGAAAUCGAAAUGCUUAUGAAGAGACGGGCAAUAAAAAUCCACACUAUUUCAUUUAAUUGCGCAGAUAGAGAUGCAAAUGACUUUCUCAAGCAACUGGCCUUCCAAACGGGUGGACGCUACCAUCGGUGCCAUGGGGAUUUAGAUGGACAACUGGCAGCGCACCGACUCCUGUCAGAAGGUUUUAAAGAUGAGGAUGAUCCGGUUUUACCUUUGUUCGAAGGAGAUGAUUUAAAGAGGCUUGCUGAGGAAGUUGCAAAAGCUAGGAGCUAUUUGAGACAGGCCAAGUGGAUUAGAUCACUAUUAGAAAAAAAGAUAACUCAAAAAGAGAGCUCCUCCUAAUUCAGCUGCUUCCAGAGCACUGAUCCAGCCAAGGAAGCUCACCAUAGAAGGACCCACCGGCUCAAUAUCUACACCAUUCUUCCCUACAUGCACCAGUCCUGGAAUGAACCAGAAAAUCCUCUGAAGACUGUUGCAUACUAGUUUGGAAGCAGCCGGCCAAAUCUGUGCUAUCCCAAAAGGAGCAGCACAAAUGACUCUAAAAAGUAGCAGAUAUGGAUGAUUAUUCAGUCAGGGCACACCUGGCUGUGAUCCAGAGAGCGUUUGGCACAAUCUGCUGGAAUCUUUCUUUGAAGAAACUCACUUCAAAGGACCUACUUGACUGUGGAUAUGACUUUUCUCUCUAACUCACAAAAACUGGACAAAAGAUUGAAAAUUACAACUUACGUACAAGGAAUUCUGCCAAAUUACACCUACGCACAAGGAAUCUUGCCAAACUGAGAUGUUUCCACCAGAGUUUGUGACCUGCAAUCCUUCACAUGUUUAGCCUUACAACUCCCAUAUACCCUUAGCCAAAGAGGAGAGAUGUUGGGAGUUGUAAGCCAAACUUGGACGGCCACAGAAUGCCCAUUCUUGUCUGAGGCACUUCACUAGCAGACUGCAUUUGCCAAAGCUGUGGGCAAUGAUUUAUGGGUGCUUCUUAAGUUUAGACACAAACUGAGUUUUCUGAAAUGGGCCUGCAGCCCCUGCUGAAGACUUGCCCUGGGAAGCAAUGAUUCCAUUUGCCAGUUCCCCUCGACGGUUGCACUAGUCUUUUUACAUAGCUCGAGAACUUCACAGAAUGUGUCCCAACUCCAGUUACUGCUUUUCCCCCACCAAAGAAAUAAUAAUGCAAUGGCACCACCUGCUGAGAGCUCGUCUCUCCCCCUGCUUCCCCCUCUGGUGGACUUACAUGAAGCACAGUCCUUUAUUUGAGCUCAGAAGGUUUACAAGCACCAUCCCUCAAGGUGACAAUCUAUGUUAGAUGUAGCAGUAGUGUUGGCCCAUGUGAA